AUGUUUCGUGCUCUCGGUUCUCUCCGUGGUUUGACUCAGGUUAGACAAAGACUAGCUCAGAGAUACUAUGCCAAAGAAGUGAAGUUUGGUGCAGAUGCGAGGUCAGCGAUGUUGGUUGGCGUCGAUAUUCUCGCCGACGCUGUUGCAGUGACAAUGGGUCCAAAGGGUCGCAAUGUGAUAAUCGAAAGUUCAUGGAAGUCUCCAAAAAUUACUAAGGAUGGCGUCACAGUUGCCAAGGGUAUUGAAUUGAAAGACAAGUUCCAGAAUAUUGGUGCAAGGUUGGUACAAGAUGUUGCUAAUAAUACAAACGAGGAGGCUGGUGACGGCACCACGACUGCAACAGUUUUGGCUCGGGCAAUUGCUAAAGAGGGUUUUGAGAAAAUAAGUAAGGGUACCAACCCCAUAGAGUUCCGGAGAGGUGUGAUGUCUGCAGUCGAUGCUGUAGUGAAGGAGCUGAAGUCACUGUCAAAAGAAAUUUCCACACCUGAGGAGAUAGCACAAGUAGCAACAAUAUCUGCUAAUGGUGACAAAGCUAUUGGUGAUUUGAUUGCUUCUGCCAUGAAGAAGGUUGGUAACGAUGGUACCAUAACUGUGAAGGAUGGAAAAACACUGAACGAUGAGUUGGAGUUCAUCGAGGGCAUGAAGUUCGAUCGUGGUUACAUUUCCCCCUACUUUAUAAACACUGAAAAGGGAGCACGAUGCGAGUUUCAAGAUGCCUUUGUAUUGUUUUCAGAGAAAAAGAUCAACAGCAUCCAAACACUGCUUCCUGCCCUUGAAUUGUGUCACCAACAAAAACGACCUCUGCUGAUCAUUGCUGAAGACGUAGAAGGUGAAGCACUGACUGCUCUAGUGCUUAACAGAUUAAAACUGGGUCUGCAGGUUUGCGCAGUCAAGGCUCCAGGUUUCGGAGACAAUCGAAAGAAUACUCUAAAAGACAUGGCGAUAGCAACCGGCGGAAUAGUGUUCGGUGAUGAAGCAGACAUGUUCAAGCUGGAAGACGUACAACUUCAAGAUUUAGGGCGCGUGUCAGAAGCCAUUAUUUCAAAGGAAGACUGUUUAUUGAUGCGAGGCCGAGGAGACAAGGCUAGCGUUGAUAAACGCAUAGCUCAGAUCAAGGAUGAGAUGGAAGCCUCCAAUAGUGAAUACGAAAAGGAGAAAAUGCAUGAACGCAUGGCCAAAUUGUCCAACGGUGUCGCAGUCAUCAAGGUUGGUGGAAGCAGUGAAGUCGAAGUUAGCGAGAAAAAGGAUCGCUACACUGAUGCCCUAAAUGCAACACGAGCUGCAAUUGAAGAAGGAAUAGUUCCAGGCGGUGGAACCGCACUCCUCCGAUGCAUCCCAACCCUCCAAAAACUGGAGACUAAAAAUGAAGAUCAACGCAUAGGUGUGCAAAUUGUUCUCCGUGCGCUCUCAACCCCAUGCUACACUAUCGCGCACAAUGCUGGUGUGAAUGCUUCCGUUGUCGUCGAGAAAGUGAUGAGCAUGAGCGGAAACAAGGGAUAUGAUGCUCAGAACGAUGCCUAUGUAGACAUGAUCGAAGCAGGUAUUAUUGACCCAACCAAGGUGGUUCGAACUGCUCUUGUUGAUGCCGCGGGUGUUGCUUCCUUAUUAACAACUGCGGAAACUGUUGUAACUGACUUGCCAAAGGAAGAAACAGGUGCAAACGCUGCGGGCAUGGGUGGUAUGGGAGGAAUGGGUGGAAUGGGAGGCAUGAUGUAA